AAAAGAGCGAGAGAGAAAGAGAGAGAGAGAGAGAGAGAGAGAAAGAGAGAAGCAACGAAAGAGCGUAGAGAACGCACAACGCAUCUGUGUUUUCGCAUCAGGCUUUAUUUCUCAACCCGAACGAUUCUUCACAUAUUGUAUUUUAUCAUAAUUCCAUUUCCUGUGUAAUACACCGUGUAAUAAGGCGACGAGAACGGAUGCGGCGCGCGUUUUGCGCGCGUCGCGACGUCUGGACCGCGAUAGACAGAGUGAGUGGACUCCGAGAACAAACCACACAGAAUGGCCUUUCUAUGUCCCGUACGCAUACGUCGCGGAAAGAAGAAAAAACCUGGAGCACAUAACUUUAAUUUGGAGAAAGACUGUGUUGGAACAGGAGGCACAGGACUUGGUUUGAGUACUAGGGUAUCAUUGCCUCCUGGAAGGAUAACUGGAAGUGCGAGUAUCGAGACUCUCGUAAGGGUCGGCAUUGAAAAGGAGAAUGGACUUUCUCCGGACAGCAAAAUGGUCAUUGUACAUGAUUUUACUCCCUGCGUUGACGAUGAACUUCAAGUCAAAAGGGGACAGGUAGUGAAUGUGCUUUACAGGGAAAACGAUUGGGUAUACGUUAUAGCAGCUGAUACGCGUAUGGAAGGCUUUGUGCCGCAUUCGUAUUGCGCACCAUACACGUCGCAGCUAGCGGAAUUGACAUUAGCUAAUAACGUGAAAAAGAAGCUGCCGCGAUCCAGCGAGAACGAUUGCGAUCUUCUUAGCACGGGCCGUUUGCAAGAGACGCAACAGACUGAUACCGGGUCAGCAUCAGAUUGCGAAAGUUACACGCGAAAUAAUAUUACCACCGCGGAUCUCAACGUCAAUCGCUCCAACAUCACGCAAUCUCAGAAUUCCAUACAGACUAUAUCAUCCCAGCCAGAUGUACAUCCCUUCUUCAAGGAUCCAUCGGCUGGAAGAUACAUUGUCCUUUACACAUUCGUGGCGCGGGACGAGAAUGACGUCAGUGUUGAGAGAGGUGAGUUUGUGACAGUGUUGAAUCGCGAUGAUCCGGAUUGGUUUUGGGUGCUACGACAUUGCGACGGUAACGAGGGUUUUGUGCCGUCCGGUUUUGUUUAUCCGGGUCACGUUCUUCAUUCUUACACAACUACCACCACAACUGCCACUACUGCUACUACGAAUACAGCGUCCACGGAGACUCAUAGUCCAGGCAAAGUUAUGAUAAAUAAUAUAACGGGAAGUGGAGAAUCGCUACAACAGAAAGGAGCGCGGGAUUUUCGGGACGAAACGACCGGCACAGAAUUAGUGGUACUUUACGAUUAUAAGGCGCAGGCGCCGGAUGAUUUAUCGGUAAAACGGGCCGAUUGGAUAUACGCGGAUCUGGGAAAUCAAACGGUAGAUGGCUGGCUUUGGGCUUAUGCACCGAAGACUCGCAAAUACGGUUUCAUUCCUAAGGCGUAUGCACGACCCCCUGCCAUGACUAGCUUAUGAUUCGGGAUAUUAAAGAUGAGAAGCCUGCUUUUACUUCUUUAAGUUGGCAAUAAUGUUGUUUUUAUUUUUUUUUUCUAUAUUGUAUAUCGUCAAGAGUUAAAAUCGAGUAAUAACUACACAAUUAAUAUUUUAUUCAAAUAUCCACUUUCCAUCAGAAAGUCCCAAGUAAGUAAAUGAAAGGUAAAUGUAAUAUUGAUUGGUCUUAAAAGAUAAACAAGAAUUCGCGUGUUUACGGGACAUGAUUUACUCAGUCUUUUUAUUUGAUUUGCCCAUUUUUCUUCUAAUUUUGAUAUUGGCAUGGGCAUACAUAUUCUUGGAACAAUAAUACUUACAAGUUAAGGGACAAAUGUAUACUUUACGCGUUAAUAUAUAACAUUAGUUUAGUGUACAAUAACAUUUACAUUAAGACUAGUACAACCAAAAGUGAUAUGGCUGAUCAGUCCCUCAUGGAGAACUAUACAGUCGCCAGCCAAAAAGACAUCGCGUGGACGUUGGGCAGCUCUCAGGGAUGUUACGGGACCCGUGUAGAUAUACCUGUAUACUACAUCGAAGUCUGUCAACUGUAUCACCGAUGUCUAAUCCUGCAACCCAGGCAAUGAUCAUAUCCUUUUCACACUGGCCUUCUCCGCUGGCGUGCACCUCCUCGCAACACUCAUAAUUGUGAUUGCUGUGCAAACGUGCAGCUAGUACUGGUAAAGGUAACCGAUUCCGAUACUUGGGGUUUAUUUGAUUACCACCGAAUAGUCUCGCUGUAGAAUGUCUUAUUGUUGCAGAAAUUUCGAUUAGUUAUUAGUUGAGAAUAAGACUUGCUUAUAUAAUCAAUAUGAAUCAAUUGGAUAUUUUAAUAUAUUAUUUGCACACAAAUUCCUUUUUUUUUCUAAUCCAUCGCAAAUCAAAUUCUAUUCACACAUUUCGAGCGCGAUAUUUAUUUUAUAAGAAAACUUUUUGUAAGAAAUAUAGCCCCCCGCCCUCCCCAAACCAGAUGCAUCGUAUUUUUGUGCGUGUAAUAUGUAUAUGAUAAAGAUACUAACGAGAGUUUGCCGGACACCAGUAAGAGAGCUAGACAUCGACUGGAAUUGCAGGAGAGAGCUCCGUAACUGACAAUGAGCGUACUCUCUGCGCCGGGUUCGACGCUGAGGAUAGGCACCUCGGGAUGAUCGAAGAGGAAAUGAUGGGUGAGCGCUGAGAAGGCGACAUUCAUCGAGCAGUCAAGACGCGGACAACGUAUGGGUCUCCGGGAACAUUCGACGGAGGACACUAGAGAAGAAUUUUUGACCUUAAUUUCAGAGCUCUUCGUUUGUUCCUCUCGUUGCGGAUUGCCUUGAUCGUGAUCAACGACCGCGAACGAGAUCGUAUCCGAUUCAUCAUCUGUCGCCUCGAGCAUUGUUUUGUUAAAGUUACAAGCCCACCGAUUGCGACGCAAUUUCGAUAUGGAAUGAGACGACGGUGGUUGCAGGUACAUCAUGAUCGGUCUAUCGUACGUUCUCGUGGGUACGCAAUCACUGUGAUCUCUAUUUUGUGAGAAACUUGUAUGCGAUCUUCGACACUGAAAGUGUUCUACACCUACGAAAAUUGAAACACGUCUCUUUUUUUAGAUAUUUAAUUUGUUUGAAAAAAAUGUGUUGAGCUUAAUGAUAAUUAAUCGGCGCGUAUUUAAUAAUCGACUUCCACCGAUUAAUUAUUGUCACCAUAUAUAUUAUGCUUGAUUUAUCACUUAAAGACUUUUAAAAAUGUUCCAAGAUUUCUUAAAAGUUAUCCUAGGUUUUUUAACAUUAAUUCCUUCUGAAGAAAUAAAUAUUGGAUCGCAAGAGUAACAAUUUUGACUACAUUUGCGUUAAAGGUAUGAUUUUGAAAAGUUCAAAAGUGCUAAGAAGACAUAAAAGAAAUUUUCUGAAAAUCCCAAAAUUCUUUUUAGCUACAAUUAUACGUAUAAUUAUGGCUAAAGAUGGUUGAGUCUUUUAUUGACCUGAUCGGACUGAAAAUUUUCGGACGCAAUGUUGACACAACAAAUAGCUUUCGUACGGAUUUUGCUCGGAAUCGUCGACACUUUCGCUGAAAUUUAUGUCAUUGAUGAUAAUGUGACAAAUUGCGCAUUCUCCAAUCUGCGUAUCGUCUUGUUCGUUUUUUCCUUCUUUCUCUUCGCUAUUUGUAUUUGUUCUUUGUACGUCUGCGCGACCUUCCUCAUCUUCAUUAAUUUCCUCUUUUACAUCCUCCGCAUCAUCUUCUGUAAUUUCGC